AUUUAUUUGUGAAUAGAAAAAAAAUAUAAAAUUAAUUAAAGAGUGAAGAAAAGAUCAUUGAAUUAAUCACAUAUAUUCUUCAGUUAAGCCAUAAAAAGAGAAUUAUUUUAAAUUAAUGGAGACCCUAUUAGAUUUAGAACACAGUGAUGAAUUGGAGAAUAGAUCUUCAUUAGGCAUUGUGGUAGUGUCUGAUGAUGAGCUCAUGUUUGAAGUGCCACCUCAUUUACUCGCCAUAUUAUCAAUAUUGUAUGGUACGAUCAGCAUAUUGGCAGUAAUUGGAAAUGUCCUCGUUAUCUACAUAGUAAAAGCUACAAGGCAAAUGCACACAGUCACUAAUUUCUUUAUCGCAAACCUUGCGAUGGCUGAUGUGAUAAUAGGAAUGUUCUCAAUACCUUUUCAAUUCCAAGCAGCCGUACUACAACGAUGGGAUUUACCAAAAUUUAUGUGUCCGUUUUGUCCCUUUGUUCAGACACUCUCUGUUAAUGUGUCAAUUUUUACACUAACCGCCAUUGCUAUAGAUCGCCAUAAAGCUAUAUUGAAUCCAUUACGAGCACGUUCAUCGAAACAUGCAUCAAAAAUCAUUAUUGCGAUUAUUUGGAUAGUGGCGUUCCUGCUAGCGGCUCCAAUAAGCUACGCUUUGAAAGUUGUCGAUUUGACCCACUACAUAAUCAGAGAGAACAACACCAUCGAGGCAACCAACAUAACAAAACCUUUUUGUCAAAAUGUCAAUCUUAGUGAAAUCGAAAUGUUGGCAUACAAAUACGUCCUCGUUUUAGUACAAUAUAUCAUUCCAGUUUGUGUCAUAAGCUUCGUUUAUAUCCAGAUGGCUAUAAAACUUUGGGGAAGUAAGACACCUGGGAAUGCAGAGAAUUCUCGUGAUCUCAAUUUACUAAAGAAUAAGAAGAAAGUUAUCAAAAUGCUGUUGAUUGUCGUCAUAUUAUUCUGCCUUGCAUGGUUCCCACUACAGCUAUACAAUGUCCUGAAUGUUACAUGGCCAUCCAUCAACGAGUAUCGUCAUAUAAACAUCAUCUUUUUAUGCUGUGAUUGGCUCGCUAUGUCUAACUCUUGCUACAAUCCCUUUAUUUAUGGAAUUUAUAAUGAAAAGUUCAAGCGUGAAUUUUAUCGUCGCUUUUCAUUCUUCCACAAGUAUGGGAUUGGUAAGAGAUUUCAUCAAUCAGCUAGCGGCAUGGCUACAGGUGCAACCACAUUAACAGAUUAUCAUGACAAGACCUUAUCAGUGUGCAACAUGAGAGGCUCAAUCUCACAGCACACUUCCCAUUUCAUAAAGAAGCCGUGCUGUGUACGAAAUGAGAACUUACUUCGUAACACUAAUGGCAUUGUCUUUAAGAAUUCUUACGUUACAAAUGAUGAUGAGGAUAAUUUUACCAUAACUUCAAAUCCAUUCAAUGAGACUAAUCAUCGUGACUAUAAUUCUGAAGUGGAAGAUUUUGAGUUUACUAAAAUUAUUUAAACUUGUUGUUUGAUCUGUAUACUGUAAAUAGACGAAAGGGAAAUGAAAAAUUUUAUAAUUAAUGUUCUUUUUUAUAUACGUUAAGAUGAAGAUAUACGUUUACAAAUAUUGUGUAUAAAUUAAAUGCAAAGAUGUUGAAGAUGAAACGUUGUGUAGUGUUAAUUGGUG